AAAUACGUGGUCAUAUGACCACAGGGAAGAGUGUUGUUUACAUUCUGUCUUACUGUACGCCGAACAUAAAAUAACUGCAUUUACUGCGAAACAACGUCAAGAUGACAAAGCUGCAGGUCGUCAACACGUUUCUGACGCAGCGCUUGAUGGCGGCGCUUAAUGAAAUCAUGGAUAUGAUCGGCGGGACUGUCCUGCAGUAUGAGAAAGAGCUGGACAGCGUGCAGAAGGACAACGAGUAUCUGAGACGGAGACUGAAGGAGAUUGAGAAAAUCGUGGAGUCAAUCGGUCCAGCCGCUUCAAAUCCUGCACCAUCACCAUCAUCUCCACCUCUUCAUCUAAAGUGGACCUCUAGCGUUGAGACGGAAUCAAUGCCUACAGCGAUCUAUCAGAACCAGGUACAAAAUGAACAGCCCACCGGGACGAAAGUGGAAGAGUUCUCCAGCCAUGCGCUUCAAAUGACCGAAUCAGACUUUGAUUUACCUUGUCCCACAAUACCAAACACACUGGCUCAGACAGAUGAAGACUUUGAGACAUCCACUGUAAAUGAAUUACCUUGUGGUGUAAAAACUGAGCCUUUUGAAAGCCUCAAUUCACAAUCCACCCAUGCUAACACAUCUGUCUACAGUCCAUUAGCUCAUUGCUCUGCUCAGUUACCAGCUUCUACUGAUAUUACUCACAAGUCUGAUCCUAAAGUUUUCAAUACAUUGAAUUCCUCUCAACUACAAUCAGCUAAACGUAUAAAGCUGAAGGCUAAAACCUUGCAAGUGUCCAUCAGUACAAUUAGCCCGAAUUUGUCAAAGACCACUUGUCCUGAAUCAGGCAUGGCUCACAUCAACUACAACACCGUUCUUCAAAACACAGACUUCGGACCAGUCAGGAACGACACUAUCAACAGCAACGGUCAUCUCGGUAUACAUGUAGCUAACGUUGCUGUCAAUCCCCUACGUCACGCACCGUUCAGCAGAGAAGUCAGGCAGUAUAGGGCAAAAGGACGAGGACGAGGAAGUGGUCCUGAGACACACGUUUGCCCACAGUGUGGAAAACUUUUCCCUCAUCACUCACGCCUAAAGGUUCACAUGCUCAUUCAUACAGGGGAGAAGCCGUACGCUUGCGCCCAGUGCGGGAAACGCUUCAACAACGACGGGACUCUGAGGAACCACAGCCGAGUGCAUCUGCAGCUACGUCUUUUUGACUGUCCGGUGUGCGCGCGUAGCUUUAAGGAUGCCUACACCUGUCGGAAUCACAUGCGUGUUCAUAAUAGGUGAGGCAAUGGUGCUUCUGCCUCAGCAGGAAAAAUUCAAAAGAACUUAUGAAAGACUCAUGGGACGGUUUCCCUGUUCGUUGUGACACGCAGUCACAGUUUUCCUGCUCCUGAUCGCUGAACAUCAGAGUUGAAUCAGCUGUUCUAGAUAAUAGAGACAUCUAAAAUGUGCCAUGCUGGGCAGGAUUGAGACACGCUGAAGAAUAUAAGUCACAUGAUGACGUCCUCAGAAAACCUUUUGAGUACAGUGUUUGAUGGUGGUGUUGAAAUUCAUGUUAUGUUCCUGUUGUGUGCCCUGCCAUCAGACCAGAAGGAUGCAACAAACAAGUGCCAGUGUUGUCAACUGUUUUCUGCUUCUUUUAAUAUGCUAAAUUAAAGAUUUUAUUGAGUGUUUA